AUGGCCCAAACGAACACAAUCUCUGUCACCAUCGGCCAGAUAGCCAAGAUGAUUGACCAUUCUUUGCUGCAUCCGACAAUGAAAAACGACGAAAUCUUGCAAGGUCUCCGCAUCGCAAAGAAGUAUGGUGUUGCCACGGCUUGCGUCAAGCCUUACCUGAUACCUCUGGCGCUGGAGGAGCUCGCCGGCAGCGACAUCUUGACGGCCGCGGCCGCUGGCGGAAGAGAAAUCGACAUGGUCAUCAACAUUGGCAUGGCGCUCGGCGGCGCGUGGGACUACGUGGCGGAUGAGAUCCGCCAGAUCAACGACGUUGUGAGCAAGCACGGUGCCAUUCUCAAAGUCAUCUUUGAGAACGAUUAUCUCCAGGGGCAUCAUAUCACCAAGCUCUGCCAGAUCUGUUCCGAUGUUGGCGUCGCGUUUGUCAAGACGUCGACAGGGUACGGGUUUGUCAAGCAGGAAAACGGACAGUAUUCGUACAGGGGAGCGACGGUGGCGCACUUGAAGCUCAUGAGGGAGCAUUCCAAGCCCACGGUACAGGUCAAGGCGGCCGGAGGUGUCCGCACGCUCGAUGAUCUGUUGCACGUCAUGUCUCUCGGUGUCACGCGCGUUGGCGCAACGGCGACCAUCGCCAUCAUGGAAGAAGCCAUGAAGAGAGGGAUCAGUGAGGAGCCGACGUUGGUCACUUUCAAGCCAAUGGCAGAGGCGUCGUCGGGAGGCUAUUGA